AGUUUUUCUCAAUCAUGAAAAUUGAUAAUCAUAAAAUAGAAAUUAAAAGCAGAAAUUGCACCAAAUGCUCAGUAAAAGACUAUAAACAGUUUAUAGCUCCAAACAAGCUAAACAGUGACUAGCAGAGGCAAUUAAUGGUGGAGAGAGAGAGAGUAGAUAAGAGGGCAAGAACACAUGAAAGAAAGAAGGUCCAGUUACAACUACAGCUGCCAAAGGUUCAGGGGUUUCUUGGAGUAGCAUUAAAGACUCUCCACAUAAAGAUCUUCUUCACUACAUAUCACACCCCCACAGGGUAAUUAUUCAGUAGUGUGGGGAUACUAGUGCCACAUGAUGUUGUUCACAUGGUACUCCAAGCAAUGAUGUAGCAAAAAAUUUUACAAGUAAGACAAUGUUGACCCAUCUUUAAUAGUUAGUUUGGAAACAGGGGAUGCCUCAUCUAUGUCUCAGAAGCACCAUGUAAGUAACGUCGUGUGGGACUCCAGGACUACCUAAUAAUUUUCCCUCUCGCACCACCCAAAACCAACCUUCUUUCUUUUACUUACAAAAAUAAAUAAAAAUAAAAAAACAGAGCUAGCCUUAUAUGCAGAAAGGUAGACUCAUUGCUUGAUGAUUUUGGGUUGAAGCAUAUGGGUUCCGAUUCUCACACUACUCUCCACAUGAUCUUCACCCUCCUCAUCCUCAUGUUCAUUUCAUUCCAAAUUACUACCCACAUUCUGGCAGUGGAUGCUUCAUUGAAUGCGGAGUAUCACUUGAAUGGCCAUGAUGGCCUACAAGAGCUCUAUUACUUGGAGGAAGAGAGUGAAGAUGGUAAAGAGAACCACCACAUUGAGAAGGUCACAGGAAAGGAUGAGAGUGAAGAAAAGCAAACUCUGAUCAUAGAAAAGUUCAGAGCUUUACUUGGAUUCAAAACCAUCAAUGGUGACACUGAAAAUGUGUGGUCAUCACCAUCACCUUCCCCAUCACCCACCAUUGAAUCAGGAGCUCCACCUCCUGUUUUGGUGCACCCAACGCAUCCAAUCGCACCACCACCCCACAAGAUUCACAGACACGAUCAUAAAGGUAGACUCAAAAGAAUUCUAGUUUCAAUUCUUGUGUCUGUUGGAGCUAUAUUUUUGUUGUGUGCCAUUGGGCUCAUAUGGGUGAGAAAGAGAUCAGCUAAUGCGGGGUCAAAAACACACAACACGGAAGCAGGCUCUAGAGGUCGGCCCACCAUGUAUGUGAACUCUCAAAACUCAGUGAAAAGGGUGAGCUCUGAACCAGUCUUGGACCUCUUUUACAUUGAGUCCCUAGAAACUGCUUUAGAACCACAACCAUUUUGUCUGAAACAAAAUUUUGAAGUUGUCAACAACUCAUCAUCAAAUGAAAACACACCAAGAUGUGAAUUGAAUGAGAGAGAAGAAGAGUCAGGGCAAGAAGAAAUCAUGUGUGUUCGUGAUGAGAGUGAAGAAGAGUCACUGAAGUACGAAUCUGAUGAUGGAAUCAUCAGUAGCUCAUCAUCAGACGGUGAUGAAUCUUUUCAUUCUUUCUGUGAUUCAUAUUCAUCCAACAUGAGGCUUUCUAAUGCUUCAGCAGGUAGUCUUACUGACACAUCCUCAGCCUCACCGCCACCGCCACCCCUUCCUUCCUCAAGUAAUUUACACAUUUCUCCUUCUAAUUCUUCUUCUUGUUCAACUUGGAUCACAUGUACAGCUUUAAGUUCUCCCACAGUACCAAUUUUAUUGUCUCCAAGAAACUCAUAUCAGAUCAUCGAAGCGAGAUCCAUGGUAGGCCCACAAACCCAAAUUGAACCGGGCCAAUCUAAAGUUGGACUGGAGACAAGCGGUCUCCCAAAUCAAAACCCACCUUCACCACCUCCUAAUCCUCCUGAGCCUUCAAGCACUAUUCCUCCACCGCCACCGCCACCGCCACCGCCUCCGCCUCCGUCCCUUCCUUCCUCAAGUAAUUUACACAUUUCUCCUUCUCAUUCUUCUUCUUGCUCGACUCAGAUCACAUGUAAAGGUUUAAGUUCUCCUACAUUACCAUUUUCAUUAUCUCCAAGAAACUCAAAUCAGGUCAUCAAAGCAAGACCCGCAGUGGGCCCACAAGCACAUACUACACCAAUACAAUCCAAAAUUGGAUUGGAGACAAGAGGCCUCCCAAAAAGUAAUUUGCCACCUUUGCCACCUCCUAGUCCUCCUAAGCCUUCAGGCAAUGUUCCUCCACCACCAUGUCCACCGCCAUUUUUCAAAGGAAAUUAUAAUAACUCUCUUAAAGGCUUGCCACCUCCUCCGCCAUCCCAACUUCCUUUGUUUACCCCAUUGGGCAAAGACGGAGCUCCAUUGCCAAAGCUGAAACCGCUUCACUGGGACAAAGUUAGAGCUGCACCAGACCGGUCUAUGGUGUGGGACAAGUUGACAUCAAGCUCAUUUGAAUUGGAUGAGGAGAUGAUUGAAUCACUUUUUGGAUACAAUCUACAAAAUUCUAUGAAGAAUGAUGAGGCAAAGAGCAAGAGCCCUUCUCCAAGCAAGCAUAUUCUUGAACACAAGAGACUACAAAACAUUACCAUACUUGCAAAAGCUUUGAAUGUUACUGCUCAGCAAGUUUGUGAUGCACUAGUACAAGGGGAGGGCUUGUGCUUACAACAACUAGAAGCAUUAGUGAAGAUGGUACCCACCAAGGAAGAAGAAGAUAAGCUCUCAAGCUAUAAAGGAGACAUCAAUGAACUGUGCUCAGCAGAGAAGUUUGUCAUGACAAUGUUAAACAUUCCUUUUGCCUUUCUAAGGAUUGAAGCCAUGCUUUACAAAGAAACUUUUGAAGAUGAAGUAGUUCAUCUCAGAAAGUCUUUCUCAAUGCUAGAGGAAGCCUGCAAUGAACUCAGAUCAAGUCAGCUCUUCCUAAAAUUACUUGAAGCAGUCCUUAAAACCGGAAACAGAAUGAAUGUUGGAACCAUAAGAGGAGGUGCCAGAGCAUUCAAGCUUGACACCCUCCUCAAGCUAUCUGAUGUGAAAGGAACUGAUGGAAGAACAACACUUCUCCAUUUUGUUGUCCAAGAAAUCAUUCGAUCAGAAGGAAUCAGAGUCUCAGAGAGCAUUAUGGGAAAUAUAAAUCUGGAAAACAAGAUCCGAAAUGUUGAAGAAAGAGAAGAAGAUUACAGGAGGAUGGGUCUAGAUCUUGUUUCUAGUCUAAGUAUUGAACUAUGCAAUGUGAAGAAAACAGCUACAAUAGACUUGGAUGUUCUUGCAAGCUCUGUCUCAAACCUGUCAAAUGAAAUGGCUAAGUUGAAACAUCUAGUAGGCAAGGACUUGUGUGUGGAUGAAAAGCGAGAGAAUUUUGUGAACUGCAUGAGAUCUUUUAUUGGUUAUGCAGAGAAGAAUAUAAAGGAGUUGCGGGAAGAUGAGGGAAGAGUGCUUUUACAUGUUCGAGAAAUUACAGAAUACUUUCAUGGAAAUGUGAGCAAAGAAGAAGUGAACCCGCUUCGAAUUUUUGUGAUUGUGAGGGACUUUCUGGGUAUGUUAGAUCAUGUUUGUAAAGAGCUAAGAAUCUCUAAAGUUCCAAGUAGUCCAAAUCCUCUAGCUCCUUUCCGAUAGAGUAUGUACCUUGUAUGUGUCUAUAAAAGGGCGACUCAGUGCACGAGACUUCUACUAAAGCGGGAUUUGAAAAGGACAAGAUGUAUGCAGCCUUACCUCCAUUAUUGGAGAGGUGGUUUUUGUGACUUCAACUCAUGCCUUGUGUGUGUCUAUAGCUUAUGAAAAUUUGACUUCAUAAUGAAUUGCGAAUUAGUGUAACAUUUUCUAAAUUUUGAGUAGAAUUUUGGAAUGUUUUGAUUGGGAA